AUGUCGUCCGUCAUCUCGCUCCCCAUCACCCUCGGUGCCCCACCCAAGGGCUACAAGGCCCCCGCAUUCAAGCCUUUGUCGGGUUCGUUCUCCCGCCCGCUCCUCUCCUCUCCGGCUUCACAUGAGCCCCUCUUUUCCUCGCGCUUUGGCUCCGCACUCACGCACCUUCUUCCAUCAUGCAGCUGCCUCUACCUCGUCCAAGAUCUUCCCCGCCGGACCUGCUUUCAACGCCCAUGCUCGUCGAGGUUUGAACCAGCACUCGUUCGACGACGACGACGCCGCGCUCUCUGCCGAAGCGGCCAAGAAUGGCAAGCAGGUCGAGGAGGACGACGACGUCGAUGCCCACCUCGGCAACGAAAAGGAGGACAAGGAGAUCCUCCAGUCCGACCCCAAGCAGUGGAAGUCGCAGGACCACUACGAGGUCCUCGGUCUUCAGAGCCUGCGCUACAAGGCCACCGAUGAGCAGAUCAAGAAGGCUCGUGAGUAGAACGGGCCCGUGGCAUCGUUCCCGCCGAGCCGUGUGUUAACUCUCGUCAUCUUGGUCUCCAGACCGCCGCAAGGUAUUGCGCCAUCACCCCGACAAGAAGGCUUCGGCCGGUGGUUUGGCCAACGACGACUCGUUCUUCAAAUGCAUUGCCAAGGGUAAGUUCCCAAAGGAAGAGAGCCCGAACCCCAGACGGACACUGACUCCACGGACUCCCGCACAAUAGCCAUGGAACAACUCUCCAACCCUGAAAAGCGUCGUCAAUUCGAUUCCGUCGACGAGGCCAUCCCCGACGACGUCCCCGAAGUCAAGGAGACCACCGCCGAGAACUUUUACGACCUUUGGGGCCCCGUCUUUGAACGCGAGGGUCGCUUCUCCAAGGUCCAGCCGGUCCCUAGCUUGGGCAACAAGGACACGCCAAGGAAGGAGGUCGAGGCUUUGUACGACUUUUUCUACAACAUCGAUAGCUGGAGGUCGUUCGAGUACCUUGACAAGGACUCGCCCGAGGGUACUGACUCGUGAGUUUUAGCGUCUCAAUGGGGGAUCAACGAGACCCGAUGUGGCACUAACAUGCUUCUGGCGUAUGGGUUACAGUCGUGACGAGAAGCGCCAUCAAGAGAAGAAGAACAAGGCCGAGCGAGCACGCAAAAAGAAGGAGGACAUCGCCCGCGUUCGUGAGCUCACCGAUCGAGCCCUCUCGCUCGACCCUAGGAUUAAGCAGUUCAAGGCCGAGGAGAAGGCGGCGCGCGCGGCCAAGAAGGGCGGUGUCUCCGGUGUUAGCCCUGCCGACUUGGAGAAGAAGAAGGAGGAAGAGCAGAAGGCCAAGGAGGAGGAGGCCAAGAAGGCCGCUGAGGAGGCACAAAAGGCCGCGGAUGACAAGGUUUCGCGAGAGGCCGCCAAGAAGGCCAAGGCUGCGUAAGGCCUACCAUGUUUCUACGUGUUCACGUGACUGAAGUACCCGUUCUGAGCUCCUGUUGUUCUUUCUGCUUCACAGUGCCCAAAAGAACGUCAAGAAGGCGCAGAAGGCCAUCUCGGCGCUCGUCACCUCCAACAACUACUUCGUCGCGACUGGCUCUUCCCCCUCCCCCGCCAUCGUCGAAGGUCAACUCACCGAGCUCGACUUGCUCUACGGUGCCCUUGAUGCCGAACAAGUCGCCGAGUUCCGCACCGAGGCCGAGGCCCAAUCCUCGCCGGAGAAGAUCAAGGGCGUCAUCACGAGUUGGGCUAAGAAGGUCGAGGCCAAGGUUGGAGAGGGCAAGUUCAAGCAGUUUGCUUGA